AUGUUAGAGAGAACCAUGAAGUACUUCGGAGCUGCAGUUGUGUUUUUGGCUGUCAAUAACGUGCUGACAGCCUCUACAGUGGACAGUCCCAGGGCCCUCACUACAGAAGACUUGAACAAAGAUGUAACUGCUUACACUGUUGCUUCUAACAUGUCAACUGCAUCACCAAAAGAAGAAAUUCAAGUUUUCAAAACAGAGGAUGGUAACAUUUCAAGCAAUGAUACAAAAAAACUGUCUGGCUCAAGCAACAGAGGGAUCAAAAUUGGAGCGAGUUGUGUUGCAGCUGUUAUCACCGUUAUUGUCUUAGUAGUUAUCUACAAGAUAUGUCAGAAAAAGCCCCCAGCUGUGGAGAACACUGGAGUAAAAAUGUCAGCUGAAACUAAGGAGAAUGUUAAACUGCUUUCUGUAAAAACAGAAGCUCCUAACUCUGAUACGAAAAGGACAUCAUCAAACCAGAUGGAAUGUAUUGAAUGUUGAAGAAUAAGUGACCACACUUUUUUAAGCAGAUUUGAAUGUUUAACCUAAACUACAAUGAAUUGUCUCUGUU